CGAAACGUUUAAUUCGCAGAAGGGAAAAGCCGCAACAACAUUCAAUCCCAAUUACUGCAACUUACAAAUUUGCUAGCGCUAGACAAAACAAAAUUGACCGGAAGUUAGACCAGGAUUCGACCCAAAAACAAUGCCACAGCAACGGCGCAAGGUGGCCUUCAGCGGCAAGAAGAAGAAGGACCAGAUGCUGCAAAAGCGGAACACAAAAGGUCCGCCCAAAUAUUUGAGGAGCACUCAGGAAUCUUACGAAGAUAGCGAUGUGCCUGAAACGACAAGGAAACUCAUGGAACAGCCUUUCGCUCGCGGAGGAAAUCGAAACAAGAACGUAAAUCGCUAUAACCUCCAGUUCUACCAGGAGGGCAAGAAGGAACUCGAGCAGAUGAAGCAGGAGGGCUUCAAACCUCUGGAAGUUCUGAGUUCCAAGGAGCGGGAAUUGGACGACCGGUAUUUCGCCGGUUGCGACUUUCCAGUGCGACCGCCCUGGAAAAUCGAAAACUCCAAAGAGCAACUUGAUCGCACUGAGAAUCGGUAUUUUAAGGAAUACGUGGACGACCUGCAAAAGAAGCAGCGUGCUGGUGAUUCCAAGGAACUCUCCCUAUUCGAACUAAACUUGGAAACCUGGCGCCAGCUGUGGCGCGUCCUGGAGUUCUCGGAUAUCCUGCUCAUCAUUGUGGAUGUGCGCUAUGCCACUCUGAUGUUUCCCCCCUCACUCUACGACUACAUCAUCAAUACUCUCAAGAAGCAUGCUAUUGUGGUGUUUAACAAAGUGGAUCUAGUGGAGCCACAAGUGGUAGUGGCCUGGCGGCAGUAUUUCCGCGACCACUACCCCCAUCUGCCGGUGGUGCUCUUUGCAUCGUAUCUGCCGCGAUCCCGUAAAGGAAGCCAGCGUGGACCGCAGGCGCAUCGCAGAAGCAUGGAGGGGGUGUAUAACAUCUAUAAAGAAUGCCAACGCUACGUGCAGGAGGAGGUGGAUCUGACGGCCUGGGAACAGAAGAUUCGCGAGGACAUGCGCAGCGAUCAGCUUGAAAUCCUGGAUGAUCUGGCAACGGCCGUGGAGGGUGAGCUUAAGAUAAGCAGCAGCAUCGACACCACUCCUCACGAGCAUGUGAAGUAUCACAGUGGCGUACUGACCAUUGGCUGCAUUGGUUUCCCAAAUGUCGGCAAGUCCUCGCUGAUCAACGCCCUAAAAGGACGCAAAGUGGUCAGCGUGAGUCGCACGCCUGGACACACGAAGCACUUUCAGACCAUUUUCCUCACCCCACUGGUCCGCCUGUGCGAUUGUCCCGGUCUAGUCUUUCCUUCAAGUACUCCCAAAAGCCUCCAAGUGCUGCUUGGCAGUUUCCCAAUCUCCCAACUGGCUGUUCCUUAUCGCUCCCUGAAGUUCCUCGGUGAGCAUAUGAAUCUACCGCAGCUUUUAAGGCUCCACCUGCCCGAGGACUACGACGAGUGGUCUGCGGUGGCCAUUUCCGAUGCCUGGGCUUAUAAGAGAGGAUUUCUUACCGCCAAGGCGGCCAGGCCGGAUCGCUAUCGGGCUGCCAAUCACAUCCUUCGCAUGUGCCUGGCCGGUCAACAGCUGCUGGUACUCCAGUUCUAUCCACCGGGAUUCGAGGAGCGGCGUGAUCACUGGCUCCAACAUCCCGAUCUUGUAGAGGUCAAGAAGUACCAGCAGGUUGAGCUGGAGGAGCCGGAAAGUGAGACCAAUGGCGACACCUCCUCGGUCUGCUCAGAUACUGCUGACAGCGAUGACGAAGAUGAGGACAGCUCCAAUGACGAGACCAAUGCAGAUGAGGACGAGUGUGCCUUCGAGGAGGAUCCUCCAAGAUCCCGCAACGUGUUCGCUCUCCUGGAGGAUGACUAGAUGGAUGAAUUUACCAAGAAAUUUUGUUAUUGCAUCACUAGUUUGCAUGUAUAAUUUAUUAUUAACAUAUACAAUGUUUUGCUAUAAGAAUAACACACGAAGAUGACUUAUUUCGUGAGCUAAACAAUAAACAAAAACACCAGGCUAA